CGAACAGACUUUCCCUUUGUUUACUUCCACUUCCAGUAAUUACUUAGCAGUUCAUACUAUAAAUCACCCAGUUUUUCUUUAAAUUGAAUAAUACGAGAUACGUUAGACAAACGGUUAGUACUGAAAAAUAACUCAAAACCUCCAAACUCCUCUACUAUUGAAAAAGAAACUAAACAAAGAGCACUUUUUGUAAAGGGUUAGUUUUGUAAUCUAUUGUGUAAUUCGAAUUUUAUUUAUUAAGUCAAAAGCCCAGUGAUAUAAUAUGAAAUAAGCCAAAUGAAACUGUGCAACAUGGAUCAGGUUUAAGCAUUCAACCAGUGUUUACAUCCAGGAGAAUUUGAAAAAAAAUGAUUAGUCUAAUAAAACAUACUCUGAGUUUGAGGAUCGUCCGUAAUGCUUCCCUAAUAUCCAACAUUACCAUUAACCUCAAGCAGAGUUUGCACGAUGGACCGAGUUUUAAGGACUUCCUUCAGCAAACGGAUUCGUCGAUUGCAAAACCCACGCAGAUAUAUCAAGUCAAGCGUACAUCGGACAUUCCAUAUUUACCAAAAGAAUUACUGCUUGGUCAAAAAAGAAAAGUUUUCUUUGAAAUUUACGGAUGUCAAAUGAAUAGCAACGACAUGGAAAUUGUAUGGUCUAUUCUCAAAGCGCAUGAUUACACACGGGUUGGCAGCAUGAGGGAAGCCGAUAUUAUUUUGAUGAUCACCUGUGCCAUUCGAGACGGAGCGGAAAAUACAAUAUGGAAUCGUUUAAAACAUAUUCGUCAAAUUAAACAGAAACAGGAGGAGUCUAGGCCUUUACAGAUAGGAGUUCUCGGGUGUAUGGCAGAGAGACUGAAAAAUCAGCUAGUUGAGAAAGAGAGAGCGGUUGACGUGGUAGCCGGCCCCGAUAGUUACAAAGACUUACCUCGAUUGUUGGCGUUAGGACAGCGUGGUCAAAAAGCAAUUAACGUUAUGUUAUCGUUGGAUGAAACGUAUGCAGAUGUUAUUCCCGUUAAGCUAGACAAGAAGUCACGCACCGCUUUCGUUUCGAUUAUGCGGGGAUGUGAUAACAUGUGUUCAUUCUGUAUUGUUCCGUUUACUCGUGGAAAAGAACGAUCCAGGCCGAUUAGUUCAAUUAAAGAGGAAGUGUUACAGCUCGAAGCUAAAGGAAUUAAAGAAGUAACCCUUCUAGGGCAGAAUGUGAAUAGCUAUAGAGACACUAGCGCAAUGAAUGUGAGUGGAGAAAAGGAAAUCUCGGUAUUAGCUGCAGGAUUCUCAACUGUGUACAAAACUAAAGUUGGUGGGCUUCGAUUUGCGGAAUUGUUAACGGAGUUAGCCGAAACGGUACCUGAUAUGCGCAUAAGAUUUACUUCUCCACACCCGAAGGACUUUCCGAAAGAGGUGUUGCAAACUAUAGCAAAAUAUCCGAAUGUUUGCAAUAGUCUACACUUGCCGGCCCAGUCUGGUAACUCUGCAGUUUUGGAAAGAAUGCGUCGUGGAUACACAAGAGAAGCUUACCUCAAUCUAGUCAAAGAUGUUCGUGCCAUGAUCCCAAAUGUUACCCUCACAAGCGAUUUUAUAUGUGGAUUCUGUGGAGAAACGGAUGAAGAAUUUGCCGAUACCAUUUCACUUAUAAAUGAAGUGAAAUACCAUAAUGCUUUUCUUUUUGCUUAUAGCAUGCGGGAGAAAACUACUGCUCAUCGUCGGUUUGUAGACGAUGUACCGGCUAUCGUCAAAAAGCAUCGCUUACAAGAGAUGAUCAAAGCAUUUCGGAAUCAGGCUGGGCAACAAAAUGCACGAUACAUUGGGCGUGAAGAGGUAGUUCUGGUUGAAGGACUUAGUAAGCGUUCGCCAAACGAUCUUUCCGGACGAAAUGAUGGUAAUAUUAAAGUAAUCAUUCCCGCUGGAGAUGUACCCUACGGAUGUCUACGAUCUACUGAACGAAAAUCGAUUGUUAGCGGUGACUACGUUGUUGUAAAAAUAAUUGAAUCGAAUUCCCAAAUUUUAAAAGGUUUACCACUAUAUCACACCACCAUUAGUCAAUUUGCAGCACAAACAGCUGCAUAUGAAUCAAUAACGGCGAGCAAUUGAUUUACUAGACAGAGAGUUUUUCCUAAGAUUUGAGAGUUUUGUUAAUAAAUGGAUUUCGCCAUUCCAUUUCAUUUCGCCGACGGUCAUUAGGGAUACGGUCAUUAGGCAUACGGUCAACUGGCAUAAAGGUUAUUUGGCAUAAAGAUAUUUGGCAUACACACCAUUUGGCAUAACGGUCAUUUGGCAUACGGGUGGAUUACGGGUUUUCUUCGAGGGGCCGCCGCGUCCGACAGCGAUUCUACGCCCGAUCUACCAAAAACAUAAAAUAACAAUAAAUAUUAACAAAAAGUAAAUAUUUAAUUCUACAUUGAACAACAAAACAAAAUUGAACACGAGCAAAAAGUCGUUACAAAACAAAAAAGUUUUAAUAUUCAACAUAUAAAUAACAAAAAAGCCAUCAGAGUUAUUUUGAUUUUGACCCCAACAAUGCUGCUAUUGCUUUCAAAAGUUUUCUUCCUAGCUUAAGAAGUGUGCCUUAAAAUUAUAUUAUAUUAUUGAAUAAAAAAAUUAACUUUUCCGGAGCACGUGUUAAUACUAUGUGCUAUUUUCAUUACAUUGGCGUCAUUAUUCUGGUUCAAUGAAGAACACUACUCAUACGCCAGUACUUGCCCAUGAGAAUGUUUUUCCUUGCUCUGCACUUAAAAAUUUUCUGUGAUACACCGUCACGAUGCAGAAAAAAUAUUUAAUUAAAAUGUAUUUUCAACACGAAUUUCCAAAUUAUCAAGACCCUACACGAGAGUACCUCAAAAGGCCGAAAUACAUAGAGCAGAAACAAACUACAUAAACUCAAUUAUUUAUGUCAAUUUAUAUGAAUUUUUGAAAAAUCUUCAAGUGAAUUGUGAUCGUCUGAAUUAAUUUUAUACCUUAAUAUCAUUAUGCCAAAUGACCUUUAUGCCAAAUGACCGUAUGCCUAAUGACCGUUAUGCCAAACGGUGUGUAUGCCAAAUAUCUUUAUGCCUAAUGACCAUCGGCGAAGUGACCGUACACCAAUAAAUGAAGGUGAUAUAGAAAGAUUCGAGUUUAUUAAAUGUUGCGCAUACGAGAAUAAACUUCCAGCUUUUACACCAAA